AUGUCUAUAAAGCUGUUGAUACUGGCUUGUACUAUAUUACUUUCUUUUAACUCAGUUUCUGGAUCAUAUGAUGACAAACGUUGCAAAUGUGUUUGUCCUCGACCUGCAGCCGUAUUGAAUAACACAAUAAGCUCUGAUCGUACUCUUUACAUUGGAAAUGUUCCACCCAACAAAUGUAACUGUGAUGGUAUUAUCCUUCCUAAAGUUGGGGAAUUGAUAAAGGGUCGUGAACAAGAAUUUUGCCCCCGUUGUGAAUGUAUCUAUGAAAAUAGGAAUACAACAAUAAUUCAGGUUGUUGUAAUUAUUGUGGUUUGGGUCAUCAUGCUACUUGUAGCUUAUAUGGGUUUCCUUAUCUGUCUCGAUCCGUUGAUAAACAAGAGGGCAAAAGCUUCAUACCAGGAGCACACAAAUGAAGAUGAUGAGAGUACACUGGGUGGACCAUCUCAACAAAUGGGUGCACGUGGAAACGUUCUGAAUCGUGUCACCCAUCAACAGGAUAAGUGGAAACGACAAGUUCGUGAACAACGACGCAAUAUAUAUGACCGACACACAAUGCUAAAUUAG